AUGCAGUCUGUUGAGCUAUGUGGAGCGGACUCUGCAGAAAGGAUGGCGCAAGAGAUGGUGAAGGCCUCUGACAUGAACUGCUUGGUUAUCAAAAACUUUGUUGGCGACACUUGUCAGGAUUUCGAUUUGUUGGAAUGGGCAAAACUCUUCUGCGAAUUGGGGGAGCCGGUGACGGAUCAGCUCUGCUACUAUGAGGGCCAUUUGGCCAAACCCGGAGAAACCUUCAAUCAGCAGCUGCAGCGGCAGAUGGAGGAAGAUUUUCGCAACUGCGCUGAAGAGCUAGAUCAAGGGUCUGUCAGUGAGGAGCUGGCCACGGGAAGCUCAUCCGCAGUAAAGGCUUUGCUGCACCUGCUGGAGCGGCUGAUGCUGCUGCAUGAGGCGUGUCAGCCAUCGGGCGGAAAAGGCGAGUUGCGCUGGAAGGUCAAUUUUGAGGUGAACCAAAAUGGGGCCUGCACAAAGUAUCACAAUGACCGCUUCGACAAUGUUCGCUUUGCCGUGACACUGGCCGGCGACGGUACAGUCCUUGCUGACCAGGCAAAGGUCGACUGGGACUUCCUUGAGACUUGCCAGAGGGCUGUCCCGGCCCUUGCCGAGAAUCCGGAGCUUUCUGCAGCAGAGGCCCUCGCAGCUAUCCGGGAGUGGAACGAGACGGUCUGUCCCGGUCAUGUUGCGACCGAACCCGGAGACCUGGUCAUCAUGAAAGGGGGGCAGUUGACCAAGCGGCCCUGCCUGCGCCGGGCACCCUACUCCGCCGGCGAAGGCUUUCAUCCUGCAAGGCUCCUCAUCACCUUGGAUCUGCUCCCGAAGGACGAGCUGCAGCAGUUUAUCGACAUGGAUUUCGGGGAUGCAGAUGGCCAGAACGAUGAGCCCGUGAAGCAAGCUCCCACACCUCGGAGUCUUCUACCAGCGACCGUCCUCAGCGGUUUCCUUGGUGCAGGCAAGACGGCGCUCCUGACGAAUUUGCUCCGAAACCAAGAAGGCCUUCGGGUCGCCGUCAUUGUCAAUUUGGCAGAGGUCGACGUCGAUGGCUCGCUGCUGAAGUCCGGAUCUGAGCUUCUCAAGGGCCAGGACAAGAUGGUCGAGAUGCAGAAAGAGGGCAUUAGCUGUAUCCUCCGUGAGGAUCUUAUCGAGAACGUGACCAAGCUAGCUGCAGAGAAGCGAUUCGACUAUCUCCUGAUCGAAAGCACUGGCAUCUCAGAGCCAAUGCCUGUGGCUACGACCUUCGUCCACGAACAUGACGGUAAAACACUGCUUGGCACUGUCGCUCGCCUGGACACGCUCGUGACGGUCGUCGAUGCUUCAAGUUUCCUCAAAGACUACGAUGCAGAUCAGCAGCUGCGCGACCGAAGAGAGCUGGGAGCCGACGAGAAUGAUCCGCGGACGAUUGCGCAACUCCUUAUUGACCAGGUGGAGUGUGCCAAUGUCAUAGUCCUGAACAAAGUAGACCUGGUCCAGAGGGAAGACCUCGAGACGCUGGAGGCGCUUCUCAAAAAGCUGAAUCCCAAGGCGAAAGUGGUCCGCUCUACCUUCGGCAAGGUUGAUUCGAGUCUCUUGCUGAACACACGCAGCUUCGACAUGGAAGAGGUCGAGCGCAUGCCAGGCUGGUUUCAGGAGUUGCAGGGGAAUCAUGUGCCCGAUGCCAUGCAGUACGGGGUUGCCAGCCUGGUCUUCCGAGCGCAGAAGCCCUUCCAUCCAAAGCGCCUGGACGAGCUGCUGAAGGGCGGCCUGGAGACGGAGAUUCUUCGAUCCAAGGGUCGGCUUUGGGUGGCCGGCCUGGAUGAUGCCUCUUUUGUUUGGCAUCAGGCAGGCAGCACUCUGUCCAUCGACGCCGGUCCUGGCUGGCUGCACGGCUCUCUGGAUCCCAAAGACUGGCCUGCCGACACUCCGGAAGAGUACCGAACUGCGCCCUACGGAGACCGGCGGCAGGAGCUGGUCUUCAUCGGAAAAGACCUGGACCAGGACUCCCUGCGCCAGCGCCUGGAGCAGAGCCUGGUCACGGAGGUUGAGUUUGAGCAGGGCCGGGAGGAGUGGGCCAGGUGGCCCAACCCCUUCAAGGGAACCGAUUUCAAGCCAGCGCGGAAGAAGGGAAAUUUGGCAGCCAGAAGGGCGGCCCUUCGGAGAAAGCGGGCAGCCGCGCCGGCGGCGGCAGGAGGUGCGCCCCAGGCGUCCCGGCCCAAGAAGGCCAAGACUGUCCAACGGAGCCAAAAAUCCGGUCAAGGCACCAGCGAUGCUGAGGCGCUCUGCUACUUGCGCGAGGAAUCGGAGGCUCUCUUACAGGCUUCGGAAUCCAAAGCCUGCUGCGCCUCCUGCGGGGUCGCAGGCUUCUGGUGGACUCUGAGGUGGAGCAGCGAGGAUGGUCAAGGCUAUUGCCAGCCUUGCUGGCUGCACUGGUCCAGUGAUCUGCAAGACAACCAGCAGAGGCCGCGGCGUCAUGAUGCUGCUGGCGGGAUAUGGAGUGCAUAUUCAUGUGCAUCAUUCGAUGGGUGUUCUGUAGGGGAGGUCGCGGUGAUCUCAGAUAUCUCAGAAGUCGUUCGGCUAAUUGCCAUUGUACCGCAGCUGACAGGUCUCACUACAGCGGAGCUUGGGCUGAUGAUUUGA